GCAGGGAGCAAGCAGAGGAAGAAUCUGAAAAUGUUCAGCUCCGUCUUUGUACUAAUAGCAAUGUCUCGAUGCAGGCUGAGGAAAUCCAACUAGGACCUCUCCACCCGCUAUUUCCAAAGGGCCAGCCUUGCAGAGCGUGAAUUCCAACUUACCUUUUCACUCUAGAAGCCUGGGAAUCAUCAAAUCUCAGGAUGGAGGGAUGCUUUAGCAUGUCAGCUAGUUUAACUUCCCAUUCAGUUCACAAGUGCCUCCUGCAAUUUCCUGCAGGAGUCCUGAGGCCAAGAGGAGAGGGCGGGGGAGGCAGCAAGACCAGGGCAAAAGGGCACGAGGAAGGAGGCUGCUGGUUACUGUUGAUGUGCAAGGAAGGAGGCUGCUGGUUACUGCUGAUUUGAGAGAAAGGAGGCUGCUGGUCACUGCUGAUGUGUGAGGAAGGAGGUUGCUGGUCACUGCUGAUCUGCAAGGAAGGAGGCUGCUGGUCACUGCUGAUGUGCUUUGGCGUCACCCUUGGCUGCUUCUACUCCAGGGCACUAGCCUAGGAGUCUGGUUCUGUCUGCUCUAAGUACAUGUUCCCAACCCGUUGCACUUGAGAAAGCCUGAGAUUCACCCUCACCCAUCGAUCAAGGCUCGUGGAGCAAAAGGAAGAAUGGAAAGAAAGAAAGAAGGCAAGCAGAGUCAGACAGGCCCUGUGGUCCUGACUGUCAAUGUCAGAGAUAGGGCUCAUUAACAGGAAGGCCCUGAGGUUGAGAUGCAUGGGGCUGAGUCAGACCAGAGGAAGGAAGGAAGGAAGGAAGGAAGGAAGGAAGGAAGGAAGGAAGGAAGGAAGGAAGGAAGGGAGGGAAGAAGUCCACUAGACAAACUGAAUCAUCCCAAUUCCCUGUAAACCCCAGGGUGCCUCUAUGGGAUCCCUCCAGUCACAUUACAAUGCUGUGGGUUGGGUCAUUUGAGGGAACAUCCAGAGAAUCACAGAUUCUCAAGCAUUUGGUCAACACAUAUUUACUGAGUGUCUGCAUCAUGUCAGGCACUCUUCUAAGCACUGAGGGUAUGGCAGUGUAGCCAACUGACAAAGUUCCAUGCCCUCAUGAAGCUUUCAUUCUAGUCCAAGCACAGACACUAAGCAGCCUAGUAAAAACGUGUCAGGUAGGGAUGGGUGCUAAGAAGAAAAAUACAGGAGAGGAAGUGUUGGAAGAAGUUGAAGCUUUAGCGAGGGUCGCCAAGGAAGGCCUCUCUAGGAGGGGGCAUCCGAACAGAGGCAUGAAGAAGGCGAGGGAGUAAUUCUAGGGGAAGAGACUUCCAGGAGAAAGAACAGUGAGUGCGAGGGUCCUGAGGGUCCCUAGCAUGUUAGAAGAUUCACUCCGGGCCAGUGUGAAUGGAGCAGAAUGAGAAAACAGAUGAGAUCAGAGUGAGGAAGUAAUAGGGGAUGAGAUCAGAGAAGUCAUGGGAUGGGGGUAGGUGAGUGGGGAGUUUGCAAAGCUUAUUAAACUUUAUAGGUGAUUAAAAGUGUUUAUCUUUAGCCGGGCAAGUGGCUCUUGCCUGUAAUCCCAGUACUUUGGGAGGCGGGCAGAUCACGAGGUCAGGAGUUUGAGCCCAGCCUGACCAAUAUGGUGAAACCCCGUUUCUACUAAAAAUACAAAAAUUAGCCGGGCAUGGUGGCGCACACCUGUAGUCCCAGCUACUCAGGAGGCUGAGGCAGGAGAAUUGCUUGAACCCUGGAGGUAGAGGUUGCAGUGAGUCAAGAUCACGCCACUUACUCCCUCCAGCCUGGGCAACAGAGGGAGACUCCGUCUCAAAAAAAAAAAAAAAAAAAAAAAAAAAAAAAAAAAAAAAAGUGUAUCUUUUACUCCAGAGAGAUGGAGAACCAUUGAUGAUUUUGAGCAGAGGAGUGAUAUGAUUGACUUAUGUUUCAACAGAAUCACUGUACUCUGGGUGCAGUAGUUCAAGCCUAUAAUCCCAGCACUUUGGGAAGCUGAGGUGGGCGGAUCACCAGAGGUUAGGAGUUUGAGACCAGCCUAGCCAACAUGGCAAAACCCGGUCUCUACUAAAAAUACAAAAGAAAUUAUCCGGGUGUGGUAGUGGGCAACUGUAGUCCCAGCUACUCUGGAGGCUGAGGUGGGAGAAUCACUUGAACCCAGGAGGCGGAGGUUGCCAUGAGCCGAGAUCGCGCCACUGCACUCCAGCCUGGGUGACAGAGGGAAUGCAAGCAGGGAUACUGGUUAGGAGGCCAUUGAAACAAUCAAGGCGUGAAAUGGUGUAGACUUGUGCAGGGUAGAAUCAUUGCAGGUGGUAAGAAGUUGUUAAAUUCCAGAUACAUUUUAAAGGUAAUAUUGGAAGACUGAAGCAAAUCUCAAAAGAGUUAUCUGGUUCAACCUUUCACCUGGAAUCCCUGGCAUAUGGAAAGACAGCCAUUCUACUGCUGGGAGUGACUGCUGGAGAGGGCUUCCUUCUCAAACACAGGCACUCCUCUGUGUGGUGGGGAAUCGUUUUCAACUCAAAACCUGCUUCUGUUCCCCUUCUCCCCAAACCCAGCAGGGAGGCCAAAAUAAGCCAAUCCUCAACUCCUCCCUUCCCUGCAUCCCUCUGCUUCCUUCUGUCCCCCAUACAUGGCCAGGACAAGUGGAAUACCUAUCCCAUACAAUAGGCCUUCGAGUAUUUGAAGGUGCUAUCACAUCUCCCCUAAAAUCUUCUCCAAGCUAAAAUUUCUCUAUUCCUACACUGGUUCUCACAAGGCAGGCUUAAAUAUCCACUUUGGACAAGCUCUGGUUUGUAAAUGCCAUUCCUGAAAUGUGGCACAGAACAGAAUCCAUCCCCUAUGACUCUUUAAGUAUCCCAAUGUGGCCUGACCAGGAAGACCUCAGGGGAACUUUUUCCUUUUGAAAUCUGCCAACUCUGCUUCUAUUUACAUAGCCCAAAACUGAGUCCAAUUCUUUGUUCCUGAAUUACAUUUUCUCAUUAAAUCUUGGACCCAACCAGAUUCACAAGUUCUUUUCUUUUGGAACUUCUGCCAAAACCUGUCCCCACCUUUGUGCCCACUUUCUUACCCUCAUCUACUGGCCUAUCCUGUAGUUUUGCAAUGGAUUGUUUUUUAAUUUAAAUAACAUACAAUUUUUUAAAAUCCCUGCUGGGUUUUGGCUUGCUAUUUUGACCCAGCAUUCUAUCUGGCUGAGGUAACACUUUUGAACCUUGCUUCAGUCUACCGACGUGUCCUCCCAAAGCAAUCUUACUGUGAACAUCUUAGCUGGUGCCUAAAUGGUGCUAACUUUGACACCAAAUGCCUCUUCAGUCUGGUGUGUUUCAGCGGGGCUCUCAGAACACUGACUCAUUGGCAGCCAACAAUUCUGUGAGGUGUUAGAUGGAGCCUGGCCUCAGUACCAAAAGGCUCAGUCAUCAAGUAAACAUAUUCCUCUGAGUUUCCUGUUCACGGACUCCUGGGGGCUGGGCUAAGGGCUGCACCAUGAUAAAAAGGAAACAGAGGAGAUAACAAACGGAAUCAAAAUCAUGGUACCUGAGCUAAGACACACACAGUAACCCUCCAUGCAACAGAAACUGGCCUCGAGUUGAGAGAUGGAUCCCAAGUUGCUACAGCUGUGGGGAUGAGUGAUAAGAAGUGACAGGAGAAACCUGCCUUGGUUUGAGAUGGAUUGCAUUGUCAACCAGAUGCUGCAUAUUGCCCAGUACCUGGAGUGGGAUCCCACAGAGCUGAGGCCUAUAUUGAAGGAGAUGCUGCAAGGGAUGGACUAUGACCGGGACGGCUUCGUGUCUCUACAGGAAUGGGUCCACGGAGGGAUGACCACCAUCCCAUUGCUGGUCCUCCUGGGGAUGGAUGACUCUGGCUCCAAGGGGGAUGGGCGGCAUGCCUGGACCAUGAAGCACUUCAAGAAACCAACCUACUGCAACUUCUGCCAUAUCAUGCUCAUGGGCGUCCGCAAGCAAGGCCUGUGCUGCACUUACUGUAAAUACACUGUCCACGAACGCUGUGUGUCCAAAAACAUUCCUGGUUGUGUCAAAACGUACUCAAAAACCAAAAGGAGCGGUGAGGUGAUGCAGCACGCAUGGGUGGAAGGGAACUCCUCCGUCAAGUGUGACCGGUGCCACAAAAGUAUCAAGUGCUACCAGAGUGUCACCGCGCGGCACUGUGUGUGGUGCCGGAUGACGUUUCACCGCAAAUGUGAAUUAUCAACGUUGUGUGACGGUGGGGAACUCAGAGACCACAUCUUGCUGCCCACCUCCAUAUGCCCCGUCACCCGGGACAAGCCAGGUGGGAAGUCUGAUGGCUGCGUGUCCGCCAAGGGCGAACUUGUCAUGCAGUACAAGAUCAUCCCCACCCCGGGUACCCACCCGCUGCUGGUCUUGGUGAACCCCAAGAGUGGAGGGAGACAAGGAGAAAGAAUUCUUCGGAAAUUCCACUAUCUGCUCAACCCCAAACAAGUUUUCAACCUGGACAAUGGGGGGCCUACUCCAGGGUUGAACUUUUUCCGUGAUACUCCAGACUUCCGUGUUUUGGCCUGUGGUGGAGAUGGGACGGUUGGCUGGAUUUUGGAUUGCAUUGAUAAGGCCAACUUUGCAAAGCAUCCACCAGUGGCUGUCCUGCCUCUUGGAACAGGAAAUGACCUUGCCCGUUGUCUCCGCUGGGGAGGAGGUUAUGAAGGGGGCAGCUUGACAAAAAUCCUGAAGGACAUUGAGCAGAGCCCCUUGGUGAUGCUGGACCGCUGGCAUCUGGAAGUCAUCCCCAGAGAGGAAGUGGAAAACGGGGACCAGGUCCCAUACAGCAUCAUGAACAACUAUUUCUCCAUUGGUGUGGACGCUUCCAUUGCACAUAGAUUCCAUGUGAUGAGAGAGAAACAUCCUGAAAAAUUCAACAGCAGGAUGAAGAACAAGCUGUGGUACUUUGAAUUUGGCACCUCGGAAACUUUUGCAGCGACCUGCAAGAAACUCCAUGACCACAUUGAGUUGGAGUGCGAUGGGGUAGGAGUGGACCUGAGCAACAUCUUCCUGGAAGGCAUUGCCAUUCUCAACAUUCCCAGCAUGUACGGAGGCACCAAUCUCUGGGGAGAAAACAAGAAGAACCGGGCUGUGAUCCGGGAAAGCAGGAAGGGUGUCACUGACCCCAAAGAACUGAAAUUCUGCGUUCAAGACCUCAGUGACCAACUCCUUGAAGUGGUGGGGCUAGAAGGAGCCAUGGAGAUGGGGCAGAUCUACACCGGCCUGAAGAGUGCAGGCAGGAGGCUGGCCCAGUGCUCCUCUGUCACCAUCAGGACAAACAAGCUGCUGCCAAUGCAAGUGGAUGGAGAACCCUGGAUGCAGCCAUGUUGCACGAUUAAAAUUACUCACAAGAACCAAGCGCCCAUGAUGAUGGGGCCUCCCCAGAAGAGCAGCUUCUUCUCGUUGAGGAGGAAGAGCCGUUCAAAAGACUAAACAGUGUGCAAACAGCAGCUAAACCAAGAGAGAAAGCAAGAAACUAUAAUGCACACUCACACACACAUUUAUGUGCACACUCACACAUGCACACACACACACAUACACACUUCUCUAACCAGUGGAAGCAAAGCCACCCUUCGGGAAGAAAACGCCACCUUGCCAUACAUUCUAUUUCAACAGUGGGUACACCCCUAACAGAGCCAGUGCCAACAAAACAUUUUGAAUGGACUUAGGGCCCAUGAGGGCGUGGCUGGCUUAUGCAGCAGCCUCCACAUUCCCACAGGCCUUGAGUAGAAUUUUCUGAGACUGAAGAGAAUCCCCCUUUCUUUCUACCAGCCCUGCAAGUUUCUUCACGGACGCUCGCGAGGAGCCGGCUGCAGGUUUCCUGCCUAUGGUGAGAUCGGAUGUGGCCAAGGGAAAGAGCUCUGGUUCCAGAGAAUUUGCACAAAGGUCCCUCUGUACAGAGACAAAAUGGCCUCCAGCUCUCAGAGCAUAAUCCUUGGCAGGGCUCAGCAGGUGCACGUUGGUUUCUUGGUCGUCCUUUGAGUGACAACGUCUCCCUGAACCUGCUGAGGAGGCAGAAAGGCCGUGGAAAGCUGUAUUUCCAUUCUUGGGUUUCUGCGCUGUCAGUGGGCACUUGUUAUUUUUUCCCGGAACCUUCUCCUGGUGUCUAUGUGUUUGUUUAGAGGCGGCUCCAAGAGCCCUCAGAGCUGCCUGCAUAGCACACCUUAGAUGUGGUAUUUAUUUUCUUAGUUCUGUGAACACCUGGGAGGGAAAGCGGAGAAACUGGGAUUUAUUUUUCAAAUUGGUGUCAUAAUAUUGUGUAAAAAGGGAAGAAAAAAAAAAACCACCCCCAGCUUCUUUCUUUUUCAAGCCAAAGCGUGUUUCCUGUUUGAGUUCCAAGCCCUGGUGGCAGACUAUUCCUGAAGGCAGAAAAGAUGGGAAGGAAGGAACUUUACUGGGGAAACCAGGAGACGGUUCCCUCCUGCUUCUUUGCACUCAUCACUCCCAGAGUAUGACCUGAAGGACCUUCUGAUGGUCUUACGUGCGCACGCGCGCGCGCGUGUGUGUGUGUGUGUGUGUGUGUGUAUUUAGCCUAUAUAUUUAUAUAUAUAUAUAUAAAUAUUUAUUUACUGAUGGACUUUUCUUGAUUGGAAAAAAAAGGAUAGGUAGUAUGAGACAGAAAGUGGUAAGGAAAAAGAAGGUUCUUACUCCCCCACCCCACCGUUUCAUUGUCAGGAUGCAUCUCCCUGCAGUGAUCACAAGGGUUAAGAGGAAUGAAAGUAGCUCCCUAUUAUGAAUGAAGAGACUGAGAACUCCUAUUCUGGAUCCUCAAAACAAGCAUGAAAGACCUGCUGGGCUGGAUUUACUCUCCCAUUUGUCAGAUAAGAAAAUUGAGUCUCAGAAAAGUUCAGAGACUUUUCCGUGGUGUCUUGGCUAAUGCAGCUUGAGAGUAGGUGCCGUUACAAAGAUAUUUAACGGAGAAAAGAACCCACACGUAUCAGAGUAGGGUCAUUUCUGGUCACUGAAAAGUGAGUCCACUUGGAUCCAGGUUGCCAGGGAGGAACAAACCUACAGCACAUGCGUGGAUGGGAUAUGUCCACACAAGAAAACGAGCGCCUCAGCUGCUUCCCAGAGGUUCUCUCUGGCCUGAAUGGAAAAGAAGUUGGUCUGAGGUCGAAGGUACUAAACAGAUCAUCAGACUGAACUCUCCACAUGUCACCUCAUCAUGGUACCAUAGUCUCUUAGUUUGGAAACAACCUUGGCUGCAGGGAUAACCUCAGUGGAGAGUCACGAGGAGAACUGAGGCAUCUUCUGCAAGAUACUGGCAGCCAGGACAGAGGGGUCUCAGCAGAGCUCGGUGGGCUUCAUUCAGCAAGUGCCAGCAUUACCAUCCUUUCCCAAGGGCAAGGCUAUGCAGAGCUUCAUUGGGCCUCCAUCCGUCUCUGAGAUUUAUCAGUGGAAACUUGGACCCACUUGAUAUCGCUCCACUGAGCUGCCUCUAAUAUCCUCGCAUUGGACAGGAGCUUUGGACGAAGAAGGGAAUAUUAAGAUUGUGUGUACAAAUGGCACUUAACUGUGAAGGACCAUCUAGGAGCAAGAUCUAGGACCAUUCUGCUCAACCCAACAGUGCAGAAUGCUAAGUAAGGGGAAAACCAGGCCACCUGAAGAAUAUCUUUAAUGAUGGUAUUCUUGGUGAUGGGACCAACAAGCUCCAGAAUUACUACAGGUACUAUCUUGGAAGCCACUUGAUUCUGAAACUGAGACAGGUUCAGGUUUGGGGUCGCUGAUUCUAAGACAUUUACAGAAGUUCGUGCAUGUGUUUCAGCCAUGAUCCCCAAGACAGGCUAUUGAGACAUGGCACUAUCAACAGGUGAAAUUGAUUCUCAGAGACUCACAAGUCUCAUGAAGGGGCUGUGCAGAAAAUGGCCCUUCCCUGCUGGACCCUAGCGCACAGGACUUGCAAUGUUGCUUGAGAGACAUAUCCCAAGUCCUUCUUAGAGGCAUGGAGUAUAACAACUUCAGUGGAAUUGCACUUCCAGUUUGGUAACCUUAGUAAAUCUUGUGUUGUUGUUUAA